AUGUCUCGUAGUUCAUUAUCUUUUCUAAAUACUCCUCCGCGUACUCAAAAUGACAUUAAUAAACCAAAAUCUCAAGCAACCUCAAAACAAUCUAUUGAUCCGGCCUUGGUACAACUAUUUGGCAGAUCUUUCGGGACCAUUCGUACAACCCUGAUAUUAUCCGAUGGUCAGUGUCCACCAAAUGUUAUGGAUAAAAUUUUAAAUGAUAACUUAGACUAUUUGCAGCAAAUGUUGGAUGCAUACGAUAAAAAAACUUUGGCCGCUCCACCAACAACUAUGGGUGAUAAACCUUUUGAUCUUACCGAAACCUCUCUUAGCAACCUGCUUCUGCUUGAUUCGUCCGUUUGUAAAAACUUAAUCCGCAGCUUCAAAGAAGAGAACGUGACAUGGGAACAAUGGAGUAGUGAUGAAUUACGAGAAAAGAUAAUUCAGCAUUAUUUUGAAGAAAGAAUUAAUGUUAUUGAAAUUUUAUGCUAUUUAUUUUUCCUAGCAUUAGAUCCAGAUAAAGUGUAUCACGAAUUGUCAAUAGAAAUAAUUCAAAAUCAUUUUUUAGACGAUGCCUUUAAAGAUAGAAUAUUUGAUCAAUUUAAACGAAAAUCUCAACAAGAUGUACCUCAAAACUUUUUGGAUGCUGACUUAGCAACAUUAUGGGCAACUCAGUCUAUAAAAGAGCAAAAAGUUUUAUUAGAUCUUUUGUUCCUACGAUAUGCUGUACAAUCUCCAGAACAAUCAUCUCAUUUGUUGCUAUUAAAAUUUCUCAACCAUUCGAUUAGUACAAGAUUUGGUCGUGAUCAGCCUACUGACCGAUUUCUUGAUCCAUUUGGAAAAGAAAUUGUUUCUCAAGCCCACGAUCUUAGUCAAAUUUUGGUAAUCAUAAUUCUAUUUGUUGAAUUUAAUGUUGACAUUAUUCUACCAUCUGCUCCUUUACGUCUCAAACGACCUUCAUCACAACAAGAUAUCAUGGCUAUCAAUGAAGUUGCAUUAAAAAUGGGCAAUGAUCCAACACAUGGAAUUUUUUUAUGGAUUUGGUCAUCAUAUUUAUCUCAUUUACAAACCUAUUUUGACGAAACGAAUUGGCCUUAUGCUUAUCAAGAUCUUGAAACGAUCGUGAACAGUAUAACAAGGGAAUUCGGUAUCAAAGCAUUCAAGCUUAAUGUAAUUAAGUAUAUUAACCUUGUCCUAACUGGUUCGUGUUUUCGGCCAGAAGAACCAUAUGUUACAGGUUACAAAUUAGUAUUUAAGCAUUUUUUCAUGUCAAUCUUUGAAGCUUAUGAGGUUAACCAUUUACCGGAUUAUGAAGGUCUUGUGGAAUGUUUUGCGUUAGUAUUUGGAGAGUAUGGCCCAUGUCAAGAAUUUUGGGAAGAGGACUUCGAUCAUCCUAAACGAAGGUCAUUAUUGGAUUUGGCAAUAGCUAGAUUUCCACAACAAUUUGGUCCACUCAUGCGGUUGCUUACUGCUUUAUCUGCCAAUUCUGCUUCUGCGAAAUAUGUAUUUGAAUUUUUACAAUCGUUCUCUGUAUGUUGUUACUUGGCUAAUGACGGACAAAUAAAUGUUGUUGAAUCUGGUCAAUAUGUAGUAUUUGCUAGUCAACCGAUUAAAAUAUUUGAAGACUUUUAUCAAAAGGCUAUUACAAUUCCGCAGGGUACACAUGGUAACAUAGUCUCUCUCACCAAUGGGAACAAGAUAGUUCGUUGGAAAUUCAAUUAUUCGGCUUGGCAUCUUUUUGGAAACAUGUUAGAAUCUUUUCCUAUGACACAAAUUGAUAAGUCAGGAUCCAUUUCAUCAUUAUCAGAGGAUACUAUAAUUUCUAGAAUUAGAGAUAUUUUGCAACUUUUACAUACAGUUUUAACAUAUGCACCAAAUUUAGUUAAACCAUUUAUCGAGCACUUAGAAUCACGUGAAGAAAUUAUCAGAUAUUAUACAGACUUUCCAUCAAUUAUUUUUGCCGUGAUUAAACAUGGUUUUCGUUUUUUAAAUAAAAUAUCUCAUGAUGAAAUAGAAUUAAUUGCUUGUUGUUUAAGGUGUUUGAAAGCUUUGUUACCUCAUUUUGGUAAUGAAAUUUGUUCAUACCUUAAACAUUCAAGACUUUUACCAGAAAUAGUGACAACUGAUGGAACUAUUAACUAUACUCAAUCAAUUGAUCAAUUACAAUAUCUGCUAAUGGAACGUGAAUGCAUUUCGGGCAUUUACCCAGUGACACUCGCCCUCUUAGAUCUAGUAAUUUGUAUCUUAAGUAACAUUGAACAGAUCGAAUUAGUCCCUGAUGCAGAAAGUCCUCUAGAUGUACUUCAUUCAUGUACAUAUUACGUAAUGUGUGCUAUUUUUGUUUCGUAUGAUCAUUGGCGUUACAAUAAUUCUGUGGUGCAUGUUCAAGUUGGUCGCAAAUGUUUGGAAAUUUUCAAUAGAAUUAUGUUGGGAUGUCCACCUGGAAAUGAAAUUCCUAAGCAUACUGAUCCUAUGGUAUCUACUAAAGAAAGUCCGUUACAAAAUUCUCUACGAAACAAUUUAUCAAAAAGUUUUUUAAAUGAAGGUGGCUUAUAUCAUGCACUACCAUUAUUUUCUAUAAUUGAAAGAGGAAAAGAGCAGAGGCAUUAUGUAGAAAGAGUUUCGAACUAUCAAAUGUCACGGGAUUCAACCGAGUUGUUAGAGUUGACAUUGUCAUUUCUUUUGAGGUUGUUAAAAACACGGAUAAAAAGCGCUGAAGUCUCAUGGAUGGAAGUUAGUUUGUUGGAUGGAUCUUCAGAAAAUAAUAAUAGUGGAUUAGUUGCAGCUAUUGCAUCAUUUAUCAAAUGUACAGAUAACUUGAAUAUCUCGAUAUUAUCCUGUGAGUUGUUAACCUUGAUUAUUGCGUUGGCUGUAAAAUCGUUACCAAAGUGGACAUCGUUGGGUAGUCUUCUUGGAAAUGGCGCCGAGUCAAAAAACUUAAUAAAUCUUUUCCUGCAUAGGCUUAAAUCCGAGAUUCAAGCCCCAACUCUUCAAGUUGCCAUAUUAAAUUUUUUUACGAUUUCAACGCACGCGCAUAUCGGGUUAAUUAUUCAGGGGUCUCAUGUUUUCCCUGAUAUACUUGAUCGUAAAGGCAAAAGUAAAGCCAUGGACGCUAAUUCUUUUGAUUCUAUCAUUCGAAUUGUUCUCGACUUUCUACAGGAUUGGGAAAAUAUUCAGCAGGAAAAGCCGUUUUUAUUACUAGCCACAAUACGAUUCCUUGAUGUAUUAUGGGAAAAUUCCCGAAGCCCUGAUAAUAGUAUUUUAAAAAUAUUACGGGAAGAUAGUAAAUUUUGGGACAAUUUAGCUGCAAUACUUUUUGGGGACUUGAAUACAAAGAUACUACCACAUAAAGUUUUCGAUUUAGUACAAGAUCGUCUUAUCAGUGAUGUUAAUGAUACUGUGGCACAGGUAUGCUGCCAUCUUAAUAUUAAAGCUCGGGUGCUGCGAAUAUUAGCGCAUGAAAUUUACAUUUUGACAUCCUCUAAUCGUACAAAAGACGCUACUGAUUUUCUCAAAGCUAUUCCUUCAGGUGGAUUGAGAACAAUUUUUGCAGAAAUUAAAGAUUCAAAUAAGCUUAUAACAUGGCUUAAAGAUUUUACAAGUAUCGACUAUGAUUCAACAAUUCAACGUUCUCUUUAUGAUAUUAGAGAAAAUAACUUUCCUUGGCUCAAAUUGCAGCGGCUGACCAUUGUUUGUUGGAAUGAGGAUUAUGAUUUAAGUCAUCUUUAUGGCGAUAAUUAUAUGUAUGAUAUUAAUUUAGCAAGGAAGUUAUUGAACCUUCGCAACAAUUCACUAGAUUCUGAAAGGUUAUUGCAUGCGUUAUGUAAAGAAAAUCAUCAUUGGUCCCGGAUAGAUGCACAGGUCGUAUUACUUAGGUCAUGGAAAUAUUUUAUGGAAGCAGCCUCUGAUAGGUUGGCUGGUAUCAUUUGGACAUUGAAAAAUAAAUCAGAUGUUUCUUGGCCGAUUUUGAAAGGUAUUGCGGAACGUAUUGAAGAAGAAACGCGGGAUGGGCAUAUUAUAAUGAUGAUGAUUCGUGAUGAUUUAGCCUCUUUGUUGCUACACUUAUUGGAACGAUUAUCGAUUUCCGAAGAACCAUCUAUCUCCGAUCAUACUAUACAUUAUGCUGAGUUGAUUAAUCUGUUACACAACGGAAUAAUGAGCGUAAUUUUUCCUAUCCGUGAGUCCGUUGUAGAACGCUCUACACCACCGUUUCAUCGACCGCUUUUACAAUCACUAUUAUUAUGCCUUCGCGCACUUCGUAAUACUGAUAGUCUUUUAUCGCGUGAUGCGUCAAUUUUAUCAGGAUUCCGCUAUGCUUGCCGUUCACUUCUUACAGAAAUUAGCGCUUUAUUAGAAUCGCUUAUGAGUAGGAAAAUAAAUGAUAGUGCUUUUGCAGAAGACAUUUUGACAUUAGUUGCAAUCCUGGAAAAACUUAUAAAACCAUUAUGUAGUCCAUAUCCAACUGUCUGGCUCAAGAUUCUAGAAGAUCAUCAUAUAAUUCAGUUGCUUCUCAAUACAUUUACCUAUUCUUUAUCUUUUCCAUGGGAGAAUCGCCCGAUAUACACUGAUAGUGUGAUGUAUUUUCUUUUAUCUCUAGCAAAUGUUCCAGUUGCAGCGAAGCAGUUGUAUCAUGAUGGAAUAAUGCCAGAAUUUUGUAACAAUAAAUUAUCUCCUGCUCUGCAAAAAGGUGAUGUUCAACCAAAUUCAAAAGAUGAUCGUCAUCAAGUGUGGUGCUUCAUGUUGGCGGUAGUAACAAGUACACUAUGUACGAUCGAAAGUAAAGAAAAGGCUAAUUAUUUAAGAAACGUAUUAGGCUUUGUCAUUCUCUUCAAUAAUCAAAUCAUCCACGCAUUGGCAUGUGAACUACCAAUUAACAUGCCAUUCUUAGAGGAAAUUCAACGUACGACAAUGCUAUUUCAUCAGUUGGCGCUUCAUAUAGGGCCAUCAGACGAAAUCGAAAUUUCUCACUACUAUAGAGAAUCCUUAACAACACUUUUGGCUAAGAUUAAUCAUCUUUUUACUCAUCCAAAAUAUACUUCUCGGAUGGUUUUACCGUUAACACCCGAAGAACAAGAACAAUCAACCACACCUAUUUCAGAUGGUAUAAAGUCUGCAUUUCAAAAGGUCAUGCCAUCUAUAGACGUUACAUCUCCCGGCUCUUAUGAAAUGAAUAGAUUCUUGCAACGUGUUCAACAAAAACUUUUAAUAAUCACACGUAACAUUUUGGCUACCUAUAUUCAUUUGGCCAAUGCUAGGGAUGUUCUCACCAUGUCUAUACCGAUAUGGUCGGAACAGCGUAUAUACUUUGAACCAUUGAUAAAAGGUUCAGAUGAUGAGCCUGCAACUAUUGCCACUUUAUUAGAAUUAAUGGACUAUGGGUUAACAUUACUUGAGUUAUGGGAAUUAUCUCUUAGUUCGAAUAAAAUUGAUGAUUGGCAAUUCUGGCGUGUUACUUGGAAGACAACGACAACUUUUGUUGAGAUGACUUUUGUUUUAGCAACAUCGCAACUGACAUCAAGCUUUUAUUCCGAACCACAUAAAAGAAAAGAUAUUCAAGAUUUAAUGACUGAUGUGAAAUCACGUAUGGUCAAUGUACAACGUUUAAUCAGAAAAUUGUUAGACACUGGUGCGCGUGUUGAAACGGAAGAACAAGAGCUAAAAUCAGUUGAAAUAGUUUUGCGUGGAUUACAGCAGUUUAUCUCUAAGGCAUUAGGUGCAAUUUAG